GUUCCCGCCGCCGCCGCGCCCCACCAUGGAGCGGCCGUCGCCACGCGCUCUGCUCUUCGGCGCCGCCGGGCUGCUGCUCCUGCUCCUGCCCCUCUCCUCUUCCUCCUCUUCGGACCUCUGCGGCCCCUGCGAGCCGGCCUCCUGCCCGCCCCUGCCCCCGCGGGGCUGUCGGCUGGGCGAGACCCGCGACGCGUGCGGGUGCUGCCCGAUGUGCGCCCGCGGCGAGGGCGAGCCCUGCGGGGGCGGCGGCGCCGGCAGGGGGUACUGCGCGCCGGGCAUGGAGUGCGUGAAGAGCCGCAAGAGGCGGAAGGGUAAAGCCGGGGCAGCAGCCGGCGGCCCAGGGGUGAGUGGCGUGUGCAUGUGCAAGAACCGCUACCCGGUGUGUGGCAGCGACGGCAACACCUACCCCAGCGGGUGCCAGCUGCGUGCCGCCAGCCUAAGGGCCGAGAACCUCGGGGAGAAGGCCAUCACCCAGGUCAGCAAGGGCACCUGCGAGCAAGGUCCUUCCAUUGUGACGCCCCCCAAGAACAUCUGGAACGUCACUGGUGCCAAGGUGUACUUGAGCUGUGAGGUCAUCGGAAUCCCAACCCCUGUCCUCAUCUGGAACAAGGUAAAAAAGGACAAUAAUGGAUUUCAUAGGAUAGAACUCUUGCCUGGUGACCGGGACAACCUGGCCAUUCAGACUCGAGGUGGCCCAGAAAAGCAUGAAGUGACUGGCUGGGUGCUGUUAUCUCCUCUCAGUAAGGAAGAUGCCGGAGAAUAUGAGUGUCAUGCAUCCAAUUCCCAAGGGCAGGCUUCAUCAUCAGCAAAAAUUACAGUGGUUGAUAGCUUACAUGAAAUACCAGUGAAUAAAGGUGAAGGUGUCAAGCUAUAAACCUGAAGAAGAUAUCAGUCUGCACAGCUAAAAGUAGUCAUGGAUAACUACCACCCUGUUCUUGCCUAAUAAUGAGUUUCUUUUCAUCCAGUCCACUAACACCUUAGUUAUAGUCAUUGGUUUUACAUAUGAAAUACAAAAUAAAGAUAACACAGCAAGACUAUCUACAAAAAUUUAUUACCUAUUUACAGAAGAAAAGCAUGCAUAUCAUCAAACAAAACAAAUAAAAUGCUCUUUCUCACAA